AUGGUAGCGGGGGGCGACGCGAAUCUGUUCCAGCUGGCGGACGGCAUCUCGUGCCACGCGUGGAACAAGGACCGCUCCAAGCUGGCCAUCUGCCCCAACAGCAACGAGAUCUGGAUCUACUCGGGCUGCCACGCGCCGGACCCGACGCAGUGGCGUCGCGAGGCCGUGCUCUCGGAGCACGACAUGCUCGUGAGCGGGCUGGACUGGUCGCCCGUGCACGACCAGCUCGUGUCCUGCUCGCACGACCGCAGCGCCUUCGUGUGGAAGUACGAGGCCGCCUACCGCCAGUGGAAGCCGCUGCUCGUGGUGCUGCGCAUCUCGCGCGCCGCGACCAACGUCAAGUGGAGCCCCGACGGCAACAAGUUCGCGGUGAGCAGCGGCGCCAAGUGCGUGUCCGUGUGCUACUACCAGGCGGCGGAGAACUGGUGGCUCAGUAAGAUCAUCAAGAAGCACAAGUCCACGGUGACGGACUUGGACUGGCACCCGAACAGCCAGCUCCUCGUGACGGGCAGCACGGAUCUCAAGUGCCGCGUGCUCUCAGCGCACAUCAGCGGCGUCGAUGGGCCGCCCGAUGCCGGUCCGUUCGAGGCCAUGCCACCUUUCGGUGAGCCGCUGGCUGAGUUCGACAAUGCCAGCGCCUGGGUGAACGCUGUCGCGUGGUCCCCCAAGGGCGACCGCCUGGCGUUCGCCGGCCAGGGUUCGUCCAUUCACAUCGUUCACUUCGGUGCUCCGGGCGAGUACCCGACGAUCCAGUCUAUCCGGUUCUCGCACCUGCCGCUGAUGCGCAUCAUGUUCCUAUCGAACUCGGUGAUUGUUGGCGUCGGCUACGACUUCAACCCUCUUCUGUUCUCCCAGGACGCCAACAACUUCUGGUCGUUCUCCGAAUUUGUGGACAAGAAGCCAUCCGAGAGCGCUGUGAAGAGAAACUCGGGCGGCUUCAGCGCUGCCCGAAGCCUGUUCGAGAGUAAGGUGACGCGCGGCCAGUCCUCUGAUGCCACUCAACAUGAUAAGAAUAUGCUGUGGAUGAAACACGAGAGCAACAUCACAUGCAUUCAACCGUACGCACGCUCCGCCUCCGGAGGCGUCACGGAAUUCUCCACUUCGGCUCUGGACGGUCGCGUUGUCCUGUGGAAGCUGGGAAGUUUGAACGUCGAAAUGAGCAAGCUGCAUCUGUAAAAGAAGGUUUGCCGGCACCUCAAAGGCUCAACAACUGAACCCUAGACUCGAGAGCAGCAGUUGAAGGUGACCAAUUGCGACACUGCUAAAACGAGCCGAUGCUAGAAGGCACUACAAGAUGACGAAGCCAGGCAUUUCAACCUUUC